GUCUAGCUUCUGGAGACCCUACAGCUGCCCUACCAAGGAGUCCCGAUCAAGGAGAAAGGAGGCCUGCGGAAAUCCUUCACUGCCCCACUGACUCUUGCAGAACCUCUGCGGCACGAAGAUGGUGAAGUGGUUCAGCGUCAUCCUUGUAGCGACUUUGAUGAUGGACUGGAGAAGCUGGGCUCUGGAGACUUGCCUCCAGGAGCAGCAGAGGCUCAAGGACCAGCUGAGACUCCUGGAGGCCCAGGUCAAGCAGCAGCAGGUGAGGAUCGAGCAGCUCCUCCAGGAGAAAGAGCUUCAGCUGCUUGACCGAGGAGAUGAAAAGAGCGUCCCCCGCCUCGGGGGACGGAGGCAGUACGCAGACUGUUCGGAGGUGUUCAAUGAUGGCCACAGACUCAGCGGUUUCUACAAAAUCAAGCCCCUGCAAAGCCCGGUAGAGUUCUCCGCUUUCUGCGACAUGGCGGACGGAGGCGGUUGGACGGUGGUGCAGAGGCGCUCCGACGGCUCAGAGAACUUUGACAGGAACUGGGAUGACUACGAAAAAGGUUUUGGAAACUUUGUCCAAAAAAAUGGUGAAUACUGGCUUGGGAAUAAAAACCUUCACUUCCUGACCACCCAACGAGACUAUACUCUGAAGAUCGAGCUGGCCGACUUUGAAGGAGAACGCCGUUUUGCACAAUACGAAAGCUUUCGGGUGGGCAGUGAGAAGAGUGCCUACGAGCUGAGCUUCCGGGAAUACUCGGGCACGGCGGGAGACUCACUGGCAGGGAGCUUUCAUCCUGAGGUCCAGUGGUGGGCCAGUCACCUACGAAUGAAAUUCAGCACUCGAGACCGAGACAACGACAAUUACUCGGGGAGCUGUGCCAAGGAGGACAGAGCAGGCUGGUGGUACAACAGGUGUCACUCGGCAAACCUCAACGGUCUAUACUACAGAGGGGCCUACACCGGCGAAACGGACAAUGGCAUCGUCUGGUACACCUGGCACGGGUGGUGGUAUUCUCUAAAAUCCGUUGUCAUGAAGAUCAGGCCCAGUGACUUUGUGCCCAAUGUCAUUUAGAUGUGCGUCGCCGGCGCUCCUUCCUUCCUGCCAUUCCGCGCUGAAGACACCAUCCAUGGGGUGAUGCUGCAGGCUAGGGAUGGAGCUUUCCAAUGGCCAUCUUGUCACUGUCUCGCCAUUUAUCACAUAGUGCACUUUCAAUCAAGAAGAUGUAAUGAGAAAUUAAGUAAAUAAAUGGUGGUGAUCAAACAGGAAAA